AUGCAAACUUGGAAUGAUAAGCACAAGAGCAAUUUAAUUCUCUUCAAAGCUCUUGACUUGGUUGAAGAAGAAGAGCAGAUUACACAUCAAACUUUCAAGUUUGAUCCUGAUGACCUAGGGAAUGAGAAAGAAUACACAUCCGUCAAGGCUCAUAUUCAAGAAAAAGAUUCAAAAGAGCCAUCUGACAACUAUUCGCUCAUGUACAAGGUUGAGACCUCUUUCUUCAAAGGUCUUGACUUGGUUGAAGAAGAAGAGCAGAUUACACAUCAAACUUUCAAGUUUGAUCCUGAUGACCUGGGAAAUGAGGAAAAAUACACAUCUGUCAAGGAAAAGAUUCACAAGAGCCAUCUGACAACUAUUCACUUACAUAUAAGGUUGAGGUGCACUGUGUUUGAGACCCUUUCAUCAUCAUGUCGCUCUUCUCUCGCUUUUUGA